UUUCCUUCCCUCCCUCUCUUCGUCCGUCCUCUGUGUGUUCGCCUAUCCUUCUCUGUCUCUCCUCUUUCCUUUCCUUGCUUUCUUUGGUUUUUUCUGCAAUCAUGAGACAGGCACCGACAGCCCGAAAGGUACUCUUGCUUUCUCUGGUCCUGCUGCCGGGUUGCCAGGGCAAUGGUGGCAGCAGGCGGUGGGGGUGGGGGCUGAUCAACUUCAUCUGUCUACCUGGUUGGGGGAGGAGGGUGAGGAUGGAGGUGGGGGGCAGGGAGAGGUAUGUGUCACUACCAUGCCCCACGCCCUGGGCAUUUGCUCCCUGCCCUGCCUCCUUUUGGCGCUGACUGAGUCCCUGUUCUAGUCCUUGUACCCAGUGGCCUCAAAGGCUUGGGCUUCAGGCAGCCUCUGCUGCAAACUGGCUCUGGGAGUUCCCUGUGGUAGACCGUAGGGAAGCAGGCUCAAGUGUCCCACUGCCUCUAGCAGGCCUACUUAUCCCACUCAGCCUUUGCUGGAAUGCCUGUUGGUUGUUUUCCCAGCAUCUCCCUUCCCCCCAGGUUUGUAUCAGGGUGGUUUCCCAGGGUAAGAUAGAGACCCUAGAAUAGUUUUUGACAAACAGCUAUGGAAGCUUAGUCCAGAGAAGGAGGGUUAGGGAUUGGUCUCCUUGGGCUUAGUUACACAUAUAUCCUGAAAACAGGGCCCAAGCGGUAUCUUGUCUUUGCCAGAGCAGUGAGACACUGGGUAUCAAGAACACUGUUUGUGAGUUGGUGUUAGUUGUCCAUUUACCACUUUGCAGUAACCCGAAGGGUUCCUGAAUUUGAUAUAAAGGCAACAGUUUCUCUCUGCUGCUGCCCACCCCCACCUCCUUUGGUAGAGCUGGGUGGGGUUACUUUGCUGAGCUCUGGGCUUCUGCUAAUGCAAUAUUCAGAGGCCUGACACCUGAGCCCUCUGCUCUAGGGAUGGGGAUUACUGCAGGGUAUGGUCCUGGGAAAAGGGGAUUGGGGGAAGGGAGGGCAGCGGCUUUGUUCUGUCUUAGGGACCUGAUCUCCCACUUCUAGACUAUAGGACUCUUGCUAUAUCGGGUUUCUAGGGAGUCCUCUGUGGAGUUCAAUACUUAAAGGAAGAAGCUGACCUGGGAAAGUCCUUGGGAGUGGUGGCUGGGUGGGGUCUCUGACUCUGGACUGGAAUAGAAGGAUGGUCUCUGGAGACCCUCUCACCAGCUGCUGACUCUGGUCUCCUGUGGCUCAGCCUAGGAGACCAACUUCUGGGAUUCCCAGGGGAUCUGAAGGAAUGAGGCCUGCCAGGGUUGGGCAAAAGUGGGGGCAGGAACUAAGAGGAACAGGAGUUCUGGGAUUCUGGAGUAGGAACACAGUGACUCACUGGAGGGAAAAGGGGAUGGGAUGGGGGGCAGGGGAGUGGCUAACUAGCCCCAUCCUUGUUACUUCUUCUGCUCUCAUUGCUGUCCCUUUUGCUGUCUGUCUUUCUGCCAUUAUCCUUUCUUUCCUGACUACUUCUCCUCUGGCUCCUGUUGCCUGUCCAGACCACAACUCGGCGGCCCAAGGUGAGAAAAAACAGGCCCCUGGGCAGGCACUGCUAAGUGUACAUCUUAGGCAUUUGCAUGUAUGUGGGCAUAUGUAUGAUCAAGUAAUGGUUGGUUACAGUGCAUCCUAGGUUUUUUUAAGGGGAAAGGGGGGUUGGGGUAAUAGCAGGUCUCUCCAGGGGAAGUGACUUUUGGUUCUUAGGAGGUUUUCUAAGCCAGUACCUUGAAUACAGAAGAGAAUGAGUGAGGUCAUGGGUUAAAGCAGGCUUUCUUGAACAAGGAAAUUUUGACCAGGUUUGAGGGGAGGGAUUGGAAGAAAGGUGAAGAACUUGGCAGGGUAAAAUGUCAGAGGGAAAGGAGGUAAGUGUGUUUGUGAAAGGCUUUGGGUGGGGGUGUCUGGGAUAGCACAUGGUCUCUGAGUGUCAGCUCACUAGAAGAGCUUCCAGGGUCAGCACUGCUAGGGAGGGUGCCAGGCCCGCAGGCUUCAAGGCAGCUCCUCCCACAUCCCAUGGGGCCUAGGUACUGUUUCUUGAUUGGAGCUCUUUUGUCUUAGGGGAGGGAGAAGAUGGAAGGGUUGUUUCAAGUGGGAGUCAAGGCUUACAACUUUCACCUUGGCCUUUUUAUCUGCAGGAUACCUUGAAAUAGACCAAAGGAGUUAGAUUCAGCUUGACUCCCAAAGAACAGAAAGGGCCCUAGCAGGGGUAGAGAGCCUGGCACCCCUUUUAGCCCAGCCUUCUCUGGGAACAUGAAUGUUAGAGAACAAAGUCUAAUCUGUUCUUUUUCUCUAGGAAUGACAUUGUUGUGGUAUUUUUUUCCCCCUGGGGGAGGAGGGAACAGAUCUGGAGCCAGGAUGGGACUGGGAGUAUUAAGAAAUUGCUAGAAUGAUCAUAAAUGGGUCACAGAGGGGAGUUCUGGGGAGUAAGGGAUUCUGCUCUCAAGGGCAGUGCCAGAGCUGGGAGGAAUGUGGGGUCAGUGCCAAGGGAGGAGCCUUAUAAUCUUAUAUCUUCCCCCAUCCUUUCCUCCCUCACUUCCUUCUCCUUCUGUCCUUUGUCACUCUCUUUUUCUGACUCUCUAUCAUUUUCCCUCUCCCUUUCACUUUCUCCAUUAUCACUGUGCUUUGAUACUCUUUGCUUUCUUCCUUCUCUGUCUUCUUCACUUGCCAUAUUCUCAUAUUCUGUCUCUCUACCCUUUACCACCCUUUUUUUAUUCUCUUUCUGAUCUGUUCCUAUACUCUCUGAAUAGCCCACCCGCCCAGCCAGUACUGGGGUGUCUGGGGCCAGUAGCUCUCUGGGUCCCUCUGGCUCAGCAUCAGCAGGUGAGCUGAGCAGCAGUGAGCCCAGCACUCCAGCUCAGACUCCGCUGGCAGCACCCAUCAUUCCCACACCGGUCCUCACCUCUCCUGGAGCAGUCCCCCCACUUCCUUCUCCUUCCAAGGAGGAGGAGGGACUGAGGGCUCAGGUGCGGGACCUGGAGGAGAAACUGGAGACUUUGCGUCUGAAACGGGCGGAAGACAAGGCAAAGCUUAAAGAGCUGGAGAAACACAAGAUCCAGCUGGAGCAGGUGCAGGAAUGGAAGAGCAAAAUGCAGGAGCAGCAGGCAGACUUGCAGCGGCGUCUCAAGGAGGCGCGGAAGGAAGCCAAGGAGGCCCUGGAGGCAAAGGAACGCUACAUGGAGGAGAUGGCUGACACUGCUGAUGCCAUUGAGAUGGCCACUCUGGACAAGGAGAUGGCUGAAGAGCGGGCCGAGUCUCUGCAGCAGGAGGUGGAGGCACUGAAGGAGCGUGUGGAUGAGCUCACCACUGACUUGGAGAUCCUCAAGGCUGAGAUUGAAGAGAAGGGCUCAGAUGGGGCUGCAUCCAGUUAUCAGCUCAAACAGCUCGAGGAGCAGAAUGCCCGCCUGAAGGAUGCCCUGGUGAGGAUGCGGGAUCUUUCUUCCUCAGAGAAACAAGAGCAUGUGAAGCUCCAGAAGCUCAUGGAAAAGAAGAACCAAGAGCUGGAAGUUGUCAGACAACAGCGGGAGCGUCUGCAGGAGGAGCUGAACCAGGCAGAGAGCACCAUUGAUGAGCUGAAGGAGCAGGUGGAUGCUGCUCUGGGUGCUGAGGAGAUGGUGGAGAUGCUGACAGACCGGAACCUGAAUCUGGAAGAGAAAGUGCGGGAGUUGAGAGAGACAGUGGGAGACUUGGAAGCGAUGAAUGAGAUGAACGAUGAGCUGCAGGAGAACGCACGUGAGACAGAACUGGAGCUGCGAGAGCAGCUGGACAUGGCGGGUGCCCGAGUGCGUGAGGCCCAGAAGCGUGUGGAGGCAGCCCAGGAGACAGUUGCAGACUACCAGCAAACCAUCAAGAAGUACCGCCAGCUGACUGCCCAUCUACAGGACAUGAAUCGGGAAUUGACAAAUCAGCAGGAAGCAUCUGUGGAGCGGCAGCAGCAGCCUCCUCCAGAGACCUUUGACUUCAAAAUCAAGUUUGCUGAGACUAAGGCUCAUGCCAAGGCAAUUGAGAUGGAAUUGAGGCAGAUGGAGGUGGCUCAGGCCAAUCGGCACAUGUCCCUGCUGACAGCUUUCAUGCCUGACAGCUUCCUUCGGCCAGGUGGGGACCACGACUGUGUCCUGGUGCUGCUGCUCAUGCCUCGUCUCAUUUGCAAGGCAGAGCUGAUCCGGAAGCAGGCCCAGGAAAAGUUUGAACUAAGUGAGAACUGUUCAGAGCGGCCUGGACUGCGAGGAGCUGCUGGAGAGCAGCUUAGCUUUGCUGCUGGGCUGGUAUACUCCCUGAGUCUGCUGCAGGCCACCCUCCACCGCUACGAGCAUGCCCUCUCUCAAUGCAAUGUGGAUGUGUAUAAAAAAGUGGGCAGCCUCUACCCUGAGAUGAGUGCCCAUGAACGCUCCUUGGAUUUCCUCAUUGAACUGCUGCACAAGGAUCAGCUAGAUGAGACUGUCAACGUGGAGCCUCUCACCAAGGCCAUUAAGUACUACCAGCAUCUGUACAGCAUCCACCUUGCCGAACAGCCUGAGGACAGUACCAUGCAGCUGGCGGAUCACAUUAAGUUCACCCAGAGCGCCCUAGACUGCAUGAGCGUGGAGGUAGGACGGCUGCGUGCCUUCUUGCAGGGUGGGCAGGAGGCUACAGAUAUUGCCCUCCUGCUCCGGGACCUGGAAACAUCAUGCAGUGAUAUCCGCCAGUUCUGCAAGAAGAUCCGAAGGCGAAUGCCAGGGACAGAUGCUCCUGGGAUCCCAGCUGCACUGGCCUUUGGACCACAGGUAUCUGACACACUCCUAGACUGCAGGAAACACUUGACUUGGGUAGUGGCUGUGCUACAGGAGGUGGCAGCUGCUGCUGCUCAGCUCAUUGCCCCGUUGGCAGAGAACGAGGGACUGCCCGUGGCUGCCUUGGAGGAGCUGGCUUUCAAAGCAAGCGAGCAGAUCUACGGGACCCCUUCCAGCAGCCCCUAUGAGUGUCUGCGCCAGUCCUGCAACAUCCUCAUCAGCACCAUGAACAAGCUGGCCACAGCCAUGCAGGAGGGAGAAUAUGAUGCAGAGCGGCCUCCCAGCAAGCCUCCCCCAGUUGAGUUGAGGGCUGCAGCCCUUCGAGCUGAAAUCACAGAUGCUGAAGGCCUUGGUUUGAAGCUUGAAGAUCGAGAGACAGUCAUCAAGGAGUUGAAGAAGUCACUCAAGAUUAAGGGGGAGGAACUGAGUGAAGCCAAUGUGCGGUUGAGCCUCCUGGAGAAGAAGCUCGACAGUGCUGCCAAGGAUGCAGACGAGCGCAUUGAGAAAGUCCAGACUCGGCUGGAAGAGACCCAGACACUGCUGCGGAAAAAGGAGAAAGAGUUUGAGGAGACAAUGGAUGCACUCCAGGCUGACAUUGAUCAGCUGGAAUCAGAGAAGGCAGAGCUAAAGCAGCGGCUGAACAGCCAGUCCAAGCGCACAAUCGAGGGACUCCGGGGGUCCCCUCCCUCAGGCAUUGCUACCUUGGUCUCUGGCAUUGCUGGUGAAGAACAGCAGCGAGGGGGCGCCCCUGGGCAGGCUCCAGGGUCCAUGCCAGGCCCGGGGCUGGUGAAGGACUCUCCACUGCUGCUUCAGCAGAUCUCUGCCAUGAGGCUGCACAUCUCUCAGCUCCAGCAUAAGAACAGCAUCCUCAAGGGAGCCCAGAUGAAGGCGUCCUUGGCAGCCCUGCCCCCUCUGCAUGUUGCAAAGUUAUCCCUCCCACCCAACGAGGGCCCGGGUGGUGAGCUAGCAGCUGGAGCACUGUAUCGUAAGACCAGCCAGCUGCUGGAGACAUUGAAUCAGCUGAGCACACACACCCACGUAGUAGACAUCACUCGCACUAGCCCUGCUGCCAAGAGCCCAUCAGCCCAGCUUAUGGAGCAAGUGGCUCAGCUUAAGUCCCUGAGUGACACCAUCGAGAAACUCAAGGAUGAGGUCCUCAAGGAGACAGUAUCUCAGCGCCCUGGAGCCACAGUACCUACCGACUUUGCUACCUUUCCUUCAACAACUUUCCUCAGGGCCAAAGAAGAGCAGCAGGACGACACAGUCUACGUGGGCAAAGUGACCUUUUCAUGUGCAGCUGGCCUUGGACAGCGACACCGGCUAGUGCUGACCCAGGAGCAGCUGCACCAGCUUCAUGGUCGCCUCAUCUCCUAAGCACUCCUCCCCCCACAGUCCCCUUCAACCCUCAUUCCCCGGUGCCAGUCUGCCCGCUGCACAGCCAUCUCAGCCAGCCUGCAGGUAGAAACAUCGGGCUAAGCUCGUCCUGCCCCAUUCAGCUGUACUCCCAUUCUGUCAGUCCCCUGCCCCUGCUCCUGCCCCUGCCCUGUGUCUCCUCAUUCCCAUGCCUGACCUCUGCCAUAAUUUGCUGUUCAGCUGCUCCCUCCUUCCUGAGGGGCCUCAGGGCAUGUGGGGGGUAGGCUGAGACCCCACCACCAAAGGUUGAGUGAGGUCUCCCUGAUUGAGGACUUCACCCUUUGAUUAAAGCAACUUCUGCUUCAGUG